GAUACUCGCAGUGCAACCAUCGUCAUCCAAAUAUCGAAGAAAGGAGCGAAAAAUUAAAAACCCGAAAUUGCGGUACAAAAGAUUCGAACUUAUUUCCCGGAACGAUGGCUGUGGGAUCUUGUCAUUAUUGGAUCAAGUGGGGUUGUUGAGAAACAAGUUAGUGCCCCGGACACUCUCACAACCUGGCUAACAACAGCCUUUGCUGUGCAUCCGCUGUAUGGACUCUCCGUCACCGCCCAGGCUGCAGAGCUCACCACAUCUCAAGACCUGUUUGUCAGCUUGGACUUGCCAUAUUCUGCUGUACGGGGAGAGGAUGUCUGUCUCAAAGCUGCUGCCUUCAAUUACCAUAACAAGCCUUUACAAAUGCGGUUGAUGUUGGGUCAGGCUGAUGGCUUGGAGAACGUUGUUCUGGAGCCAGCAGCACUUGACCCUAGCAAGCUUGUGGAGACUCGACGUUCAGUCAUGGUGACACGAGACCUCGGUCUUGUGGCACCUAACACGACGAAAGAAACAGAUUUUUGCUUCACACCAACAAAAGUAGGCGAUCUGCCUAUCCGUGUUAAUCUUACAUCGUCUGUUCCUGGCGAUGGGGUAGAGUAUACCCUAAAGGUAGAGCCUGAAGGAUCGCCUCAAGUACAGACAGUCACUGUUCUCCUUGACGCCAAGCCUAAUAUAAUGUUUACGAAAUCUGUCCCUCUGAACUUCCCCUCUACAGCGGUUCAAGGGUCACAGGUCAUCACUGUCAGCGUGUCAGGUGACCUGCUGGUACCUGUCAUCUCUAAUCUGGAAACGAUACUGGCUUUGCCUAACGGAUGUGGAGAACAAAACAUGAUCUCAUUCGCUCCCGAUGUUUUAGUGAUUAACUACCUUCAGCGCACAAACACUUACACUCCGGCCCUGGGGGAGCAAGCACAGCAGUUCAUGUUGACAGGCUACCAAAAGGAACUUACCUUCCAACGUCUGGAUGGGUCAUUUAGUACCUGGGGACAGACUGACCCGUCUGGUAGCAUGUGGUUGACUGCAUUCGUAACAAAGUGCUUCGUUCAUGCAAUGGCACUGAAAGAUAAUGUUAUCACCAUUGACCCCAAGGUAGUCAGAUCUUCUUUAAAGUGGAUUACAACUCAGCAAACAAAUGACGGUUCGUUUCCAGAGCCAGGAAAUGUCGUCCACAAAGAAAUGCAGAGUGGGUCUGCAAACGGCGAGGCAAUAACGGCUUUUGUGCUCAUCUCCCUGGCUGAGGCCAGCAAUAAAUUUAAGGAUCUGGAUCCUGGAGAGCAGCAAGGCUUGCAGAAUUCUAUCUCCAGAGCUCGUGAUUUCUUAGAAGCACGAUUGAAUGCGCUAACUGACCCCUAUGACCUCGCCAUUGUGACGUAUGCACUGCACCUAGCUCGCAGUGGCAGCAAGGACCUCGCUUUCCAACGCUUACAACAAAACGCGAUAACAAAUAAUUACACAAAGCAUUGGGAAAGAGAUCCUGCGACAUCCGCUCUAAAUAUAGAAAUGACGUCAUAUAACCUCCUGACCUACAUUUUGCGAGAGGACGUGGAGGGCGCCAUGCCUAUUCUACGUUGGCUGAUGGAACUGCAGGGUCCUAAAGGUGGCUUCAUAUCUACCCAGGACACAGUUGUCGGCCUCCAGGCUUUGGCGGAAAUGGCUGCUGCGAACCACAAUCCAGUUGCAGUACCUUUAACUGUCACAGUCAGCUGGAACUCAGGAGGACAAGCAUUCAAGAAGGACUUGACCAUCGACGACUCCACAAAGAUGUUACUUCAAACCGUAGACGUGACCAUUGUGAGCAGCAACAUUCCACCUGAAGUACUAAUUUCAGCUUCUACUAGCGGUACUUUUACUGGAUUCCCAGAGGCAAAAGUUGUCAUGCAAUACAACAUUAACGACUCUACAACCUCCGAGAUCUUCCAGAUUACCUACCAGGUUGUCAAAGCCAGUGUUAAGACUUUCACUGUAGUCGUAGAAGCUAAGCGUGUGGAUGGCAAGCAGGGAGGCAAUGACUCUUCUGGAAGUGGGCAUCCCUACUGGCUUUUCUGUUGACACCACUCAUCCCAGCUAUUCCGUGCCUACCUCCAAGCUGCAGGAACAAGGUCACAGGAAGUACAUCUUGUAUUAUGAUGAAGUGAACGCCAGUGGAGUGCGAGCUUCAUUGCCCAUGUCUGUGUCUCAAGGAAUCCCCGUUAACACCCAGCCUGUUCCUAUCAAAAUCUACGAUUACUACGAACCAGGUGGCAAGCAGCAGCUAUCUGUGUACUACCAACUGUCUGGACAAGAAAGUUCUUAUCUGUGAGUGCGUCACAGAGUACAAAGGUUGCUCAUCUGACAGCCUGGCGGGAUAGUAGUCAUUGGGACUACAAACACUCCAGACAGCAAAUACUUUCCAGCUAUUGUUUAAACAAAUUUGUGUACCCAGCUGCUGGAGUAAAUUUACAGCCAUGAACAUUUACUAUAGUAGUUGCUUGUUUCAGACUUGCCUACUUCUACAGAUAUUUUGUCGCAGCUAUAGACAACUAGCUAUAUAGCUAUAAUCGCACUAAAAAUACCCUUUAGAACCAAAAAUUGUGUCUUAACAGAUCAUUAAAAAGCACGAGAAAUUAAAGAGUGGGAAUGAGGACGAUUGAUUUCUCUGGAGACAACCGACUAACGCAGCUUCAAAUUUAGUUUGUCAGAGGCUUUAGUCAUUGCGACUGUAACCUGUCAUCAUCCAAAAGUAAUAAGAGGGAUGUUAAUGAGCUUAGUCUAUAAGCACUUAAGUUCUGCCGAGUGCCAGCUAUGACUGAGAGUUGAGAAAAUGUUACUUUUCGCGAUAAUAGCUGUUGAUAAUAGGAGAAAUGUGAAAUUUUGUAUCCGAAAGCUCUAAUGAUGAUUUCUAGGGUUAGACAAGUCUGUUGUACUCAAAAUAAUUGCAUGGAUCUCUCUAAAAAAGCGAGCAAACAUUGCAUUGUGAU